UUGUUUUCUUUUUCAAAAUGAAUAGAAUGUAUAUUUGCAAAAGAUUUUUGUAGAUGGGAGAAGAAGAUUUUCUAAAACUCUACAAGGUGGAAAAAAUCCUAUGAAAAAACCUUGGCCGUCUUUCUCUCUCACAAACUCUCCCAAAAACCGUUCGUACCUCUUUCCGGCCUUGCUACCAUUACGGCGCCUCCGCCAUGUCUGUUCAGAUUUCAGGCUUCUUCUUCUUGGCUUCUUUCUGCAAAUAUGAUUGAACUCUUCUUCUUCUUCUAUAAGCACCAAGUAAAUGUCGUCGUUUCGGAAUUCAGAAGGAGUUAUCACCAGGUGACAACGUUCUUAUUUCGUUGGAUAAGCUUGAAUUUAUAACAGGCCUUAUUAUAUGUUACAUAGCACAUAAUAAAGGUCAUCAUUUUCUGUCUUUCAACAAGGUUAGUAGGUCAUUAUGUAAAGUUUUUUUUCUGUUAAUGGAGUAAACACAUUGCAUUAUAUUAAUUUUGGGAUGACCGAUAAUUUCAAUUACUAGGGACUCAAAUAUUUUUAUGUCAUGAGUAAGUUCCCAUUUCGUCGGUUUUCAACUUUUCUUAAUUCAACUGAGAAGGAAUCUAUCAGUGUUGAACCCAUAAUUUCUGGGAUUUUGAGGGGAAGGAAUUGGAAUCCGAUUCCAUUACCCCACAGAACGAUUCCUGAACCGCAAGGACAAGACCUUGAUUUUGUUAAUGUUGCUCAUAGCCAUCUAAUUCAUUCCGAUUGGACUAAGCUUGACUCUUUAUCGAAUGGCUUGACCGCAUUUAGGGUAAAACACCUUCUGUUGAAGAUUCAGAAGGACCAUGUUCUUUCACUUGAGUUUUUCAACUGGGUUGGAAGUCAAAAGCCUAGUUUGCAUACCCUGGAAACCAUUUCCAUUAUUCUCCACAUUCUCACCAGAAACCGAAAAUUUAAGUCCGCGGAAGCUAUUUUGAGGCCUAUUCUUGCCUCGAAUUCUAUAGACUUACCUUCCAAGCUGUUUGAAUCAAUAGUGUAUUCGUACCGGUUAUGUAAUUCUUCUGCUCAUGUUUUUGACUCCCUUUUCAAGACUUUUGCUCAUAUGAGAAAGUUUAGGAAUGCCACUGACACUUUCUGUAGAAUGAAGGAUUAUGGGUUUUUGCCAACGGUUGUGUCCUGCAAUGCAUAUCUGAGCUCUUUGCUCGGUCUUGAUAGAGUUGAUAUUGCUUUAGCAUUCUAUAGAGAAAUGCGGCGCUAUCGAAUUUCACCAAAUGUUUUUACUCUUAAUAUGGUGAUGUGUGCGUAUUGUAGAAUGGGCAAGUUAGACAAGGCUGCUGAGGUUUUUGGUGAAAUGGAGAAUAUGGGUUGUAGUCCUACUAUUGCAUCCUAUAACACAUUGAUGUCUGGGUAUUGUAGUAAAGGUCUUCUGAGCAUGGCUACGAAUCUCAAAACUUUGAUGGGUAAGAAUGGCGUACACCCUAAUGUCAUAACUUAUAACACUCUUAUCAAUGGUUUCUGCAAAGAAGGGAAAUUACAUGAAGCAAAUAGGCUUUUUAGCGAGAUGAAGGCCAUAAAGGUGGAUCCUAAUACUGUAACUUACAAUAUCUUGAUAAAUGGUUAUGGUCAAGAGGGUAAUUGUGAAAUGGGUAGUAGGCUUCAUGAGGAGAUGUCAAGGAACCGAGUAAAGGCUGAUAUUCUGACAUAUAAUGGCUUGAUUUUGGGACUAUGUAAGGAGGGCAAGACCAAGAAAGCUGCAUAUCUGGUUAAAGAUCUUGAUAAGGAGAACUUAGUUCCAAAUGCAUCUACUUUCUCUGCCCUGAUUAGAGGGCAAUGUGUGAGGAACAACUCUGACCGUGCCUUUCAGAUAUAUAAAAGUAUGGUCAGGGGCGGUUUCCAUCCUAAUGCUCAUACUUUCGAAAUGUUGAUUUCAUCCUUUUGCAAGCAUGAAGAUUUUGAUGGUGCAGUGCUAAUCUUAAAGGAAAUGUUUAAAAGAUCUGUGAUUCCCGAUUUGGUUAUAUUGCAUAAACUUUAUGAAGGGCUGUGCCAGGGUGGGAAACAAAAACUGGUCCUAUUAUUAUGCUCUGAGAUGGAAGCAAGGGGCCUUACACCUCAAGGUUUUGACAAAGAUAAGAUUAUAUAUGCUCUGGGACUUAAUAAGGAGAGCCAGCCAUUCAGAGAUUAACUUAUAAGGUUACAACCUUACUUGCCUUGUAUCAAAUUUUUAACAUAGAUUUUUUUUUUUUUUUUCUUAGUGAAAUUUAACAUAGAUCAGUACAUCAUGUUAGCACAAUGUACAUUUCAUUUGACAUCUGUAUACCUAUAGCUUAAAUGUAGUAUUUAUGAUAUGCAUAUGUACAUAAUCUUUGUUUUCUUUUCUCUCUUACACCUAAAAUGGUUUCGCAUAAUGGUUUGAGUUGUUUGUUUACAAAAACUAUUUAAUGGAUUUAAUAACCUUCUAUGCUCU